GAAGUCACUGUGAGUCAGCUCCCUGCUUCGCUCGAGUCCUGAGAGUCAGACAACAAGGACAAGGCCAGACGUCCAGGCGAAGAUGGAAGCGACAACAUACGAUUAUGACUAUGAUAAUUACAGCGAUGAUCCGGCGCGACUGGUCGCGCCAUGUAAUGGGAAUGUUGACAACUACGUGGGGGCUCAGCUGUCCAUCCUUUACUACUUCAUGUUUCUCUUCAGUCUCUUUGGCAACGGACUUGUCUUGACCAUCAUCUAUCGGUUCGAAAAGGUGGGCACGGUUACUAACAUCCUGCUGGUAAAUCUGGUGACGUCCUCGGUGAUCUUCAUGAGCAGCCUUCCCUUUCUGGGAGUCUACAUGCAGCUCUCCGACUGGAUCUUUGGCAAACUCAUGUGCAAGGUCGUCGGCACCGUCUACUAUCUGGGCUUCUACAGUUCCGUCCUUUUUCUGACUCUUUUGACCUUUGACCGCCACCUCGCCGUCGUCUACUCCUUGAGCACAUCUCGAAUCAGGAACCAAAGCUACGCGGUGGUCUCCUGCUUGGCCGUGUGGUUGAUCAGUAGUUUAGCGUGCAUCGAGCCCAUGAUUCUCCACACGACUUUCAUCAAUUACAUGAAUAAUAAGACGUACUGUCAAGAGUAUCCUGGAGACUUUGCGUCCAUCGACGUGUCUCGGGUAAGGAUAUCUGGGUUUUACCUCCAACUGAUACUUUUCUUUCUUUUCCCCCUGGCAAUUAUUGUUUAUUCCUACGUGAGAAUUGCCGUCACCGUCAUCUCAUCUAAAUUGGUCGCCAAGUUCAAGACGGUGAAGCUGGUGUUUGUCAUUGUGUUGCUGUUUUUCAUUUGCUGGACCCCAUUCAACAUUGCGCUCCUGAUACACGGUGGAUCCCCAAAUUGUGAGCAGGCGCGGGAGAGAAGCUACGCCCUUCAUAUCACACGUAACUUUGCUUACAUCUACUUUUGCAUCAGCCCCAUCUUUUAUACUUUUGUCGGUAAAAAAUUCCAAACCUACUUUAGACAGCUGAUCAUGAAACACUUCCCCAAAUCCAAGAAAUCUUUAAGAAGCCCUCAAUACAGCAGAAGCAAUACGUCCACAAAAAGUACGGCGUACUAGUUUUAGGAAUGGGAAGCUUCCUCGACACGGUUAAGAUGACAUUUACAGAAAAUGUUUUCUGAACAACUGAGUUCAAGAAAGAAUCUUUGGUCACACCCAAAAUUCCCACAAGUCAAUGUGACCCAGCAUGUUUAGCCAUACAAAACAAAAACAACCAUCGAUUUUCCAUAACACCUCAUAUUAAUUCAUUAAUCAGAAUAAUAAUUGUCUCCGCGGCAGCCGUGCAAAACGAUAAUUUGACAGUCGCGAAAGCAAGCGCCCUCAAAUAUUAGUUUUCGUGUGAAGCGUCGGUCGCGCCCAGCAAAAUUAUGAUGAAUAAAUAGGCAAGCUGUUAUUUUUAACAUUCGCUAGGAUCACGGUGAGAACUUUGUCAAGGUGACUAAAUAAAGACAGAGGAGACAAGCUAACAGUAUCCGGUAAAUUACAGAAGAAAAAAAAAAUGUUUCUGUAAAAUGAAAGCUUUCCAUUGGCACACCGGUUGUCCUGCCUACAAAUUGGUCCGGGUGACAUUUCGUCCUCUGUGAUUUAAAUCAGCUUGGCUGAUCAAGUUGAAUUUGAGUCACUGAACUACAUGAAAUAAUACGGACCAAAAAAAAAAAAAAUGCAAGGUCAAGAAAGGAUUAUGUGAAUAAAACAGCAGCCUUUGAUAAACAACCACGAUUGUAAGGCAUUUUUUUUCAUUUAUUUGUCUAUGAGUUAUUUUUAUUUUCACUUUGAUUGAUAAAUACAUCCUCUGUAUUUGUGUAUUUGUAUCAACCUGGUUUUUAUUUGUUUGUUAACAACUCUGUACCUGCUGUACCAUGUUUACCAAGCUUUUUAUUUCAUCAUUCGGAUUUAAUGUCGGUCCCGGUUGUGCUUAUCUUGAACUAAUCUGCCAAGAACUCCGCACAUGCAAACUUUGGCGGUCGUGUUGGAAAAAAAAAAAAAAAUCAUUGACAGUACGCCUUCAGAGACUAAACACAUUUGAAUGUGAUGGAGAGUAAAGGUGAAAUAAGCCUUUUGAGAUUUAUUCCUCCCUACAAAUAAUCCAAUUCUGUGCGUUGCGUCUCACCCUCGGGUUUUUAUCUAAAUCCACCCAAACAAAGUUUUGUUAUGUAAAGUAUGUCUUUGUGAAGUGGAGUUGCUUCAUAUUUUUUUUUAAAAACUUAC